CACUCCUCGUACGUCAUUCAAAAAGGAAGACGCAUUUAUUGUAUUUAAUAACCCGUAUAUCAAAUCAUUAAGUUCAUUGUGAUAGUACACAAAAGGAAUUCUAAAGAUGAUCUUCAAUCUUAUACUGAUACUUGUUUAUCAGCUACAGGUGGACAUCAGCGCUCAGAAAGAUAACAAAUGCAGGAGAACAAAUGGUGCCUUGAUAUGCUGUACUGGUUACUAUUUGUUUAAUGAUCGUUGUAUCGAAUGUUUUGGAGCAUUUGGAGAAAACUGUUCUACGCCAUGUGGAGAGAAUUCGUACGGUUACAGAUGUAGAAAAACCUGUAAUUGUACAGAGAACAAAGUUUGCAAUAAAUAUAUAGGAUGUCAGGUGCAUGGUUUAUUCAAUGCAAAAGAAAAAGACAGUGGUGAGAGCGGAAUACUGGUUCUGGUGAUCGGCCUUGGAUCCGUUACUUUGUCAGCUUCUCUGGUGUUUGUCGGUAUAAUGUUUUGUAGAUGGCGGAUACAUUUGCAGAGCACAUUUAAAAUCAGUGAGGACAAUACAAGUG